AUGACGAAACUGGUAGCUUCAUCUAUAUUAUGGCGGCACAGCAUGCACGUACGCGCCGCACAUGAUAAUAUCUCAGCAAAAUCGACGGAAGAGGGUAAUUUUCUUCCAGAGAUUCAUCCCACCAUCUUUAGACCUAACAUCUACGACAAUAUGCUCCCGACAAACAUACCAAAUCUCGAAGCCUUGAUAGAUCAAGGCAAAGUUCGCAGACCAGUCAAUGACUUCUUUCGAAAGCGCGACUACACCGAACGCGAGCUCGACACUCUGAAACGUCUAGAUCCAGACGCAAGCAAGGCCAUUGGACGGGAGUUGUCGGACAUAGAACGCAAUGUAUUGCUCGAGUACAAAGGUCGAUUGAUCGCUGCUCAAUCCCGAACAAAGACUUUUGGAACCGCCGCUGGCAUUUUGGCCGGACUCGCCAUCACUUUCAACGUGCCCAGAGUACGUGGACUCUGGAAUCACCGACGCUAUGUUCGCUGGACAUGGAACCUGAGCUGGCGUACUUAUGUCAGUUGGUACAUCACCAGCGAGAUUGCAAAACUCCAGAUUACACGCCAGGCCGAACAACCUCCAUUCCACGUCAGAAUCCUCGGCGACCCUCGCAUGAGCGCAUUCAAAGAGUCGAUCGAACUACGCAAAGAAGAGUUUGGGGGACAUGAACCCUGCAUUGUCAGAGGUUGGAGAGACCUGAGCAGAGCUGAGGGCCCGAUUCAGUGGUUUGGUUAUAAAAGUCCCAUGUCGAGUCCGUAUCCCAGCAGGCCCGUUGUAGACCAUCCUGAGCUUAGUUGGUACAGGGCAUGGCCAUCAGACAGCGAUGAAGAACGACCAGGAGAUGAUGUCUUGGCGAGCAAGAAGCAAAGGAUGAUGAAUCCCUUGGACCGCGCGCAGAGUGCGUUGGAACAUCUGAGAGUCAGCUUGUUUGUUUAUCAGGUUACGGAUCUGGCAUUAAAGCCUUGCCUAUACGUCGAGUAG